AUGACUACUGAACUGGCUCUUAAGAAACAAAAGAUCGAAGUUGAAGACACCUUGAAAAUCUUCUUACGUUCUGAUAAGGCUACCUUGCCAACCAGAGGUUCCGCAUUGGCUGCUGGUUAUGACUUGUACGCCCUGGAAGACGCCGUGAUUCCAGGCCAAGGUCAAGGCCUUGUUUCCACCGACGUCUCCGUCAUUGUUCCAUUUGGAACCUAUGGACGUGUUGCUCCACGUUCAGGAUUGGCCGUCAAGCACGGUAUUUCCACUGGUGCUGGUGUUGUGGAUGCUGAUUACAGAGGUGAAAUCAAGGUUGUACUUUUCAAUCAUGCAAAGGCUGACUUUGCCAUUUCUAAAGGUGACAGAAUUGCUCAAUUAGUUCUUGAAAAGAUUGUUAUGGCCGAAAUCCAGCAAAUUAGCGCCGACGAAUUGGUCGCCACUGAAAGAGGUGAAGGUGCAUUUGGGUCCACUGGUAAAUAA